GCGAUAUAAAUCACCGACCCCGGAAGAAUCGAGUCGGUCUCCAGCGGGGAAUUGGCGAUGGCUUCGUCGGCUUCCCAGUGGAGCGGUUGCUUUCUUCUCCUUUUCAUCGUCCUCGUCCACUUACCAAUUUGCCAUUCCAUCUACUGCGACGACGACGACUGCUAUGAUCUCCUCGGGGUUUCUCAGAGCGCCAACGCAUCCGAGAUAAAAAAAGCAUACUACAAGCUCUCCCUCAAAUAUCAUCCUGAUAAGAACCCUGAUCCCGAGUCAAGGAAGCUUUUUGUGAAAAUUGCGAAUGCCUAUGAGAUUUUAAAAGAUGAAGCCACAAGGGAGCAAUAUGAUUAUGCAAUUGCACAUCCUCAAGAGGUGUUCUACAAUACUGCUCGUUACUACCGUGCAUAUUACGGGCAUAAAACAGAUCCUCGUGCUGUCUUGGUGGGCCUUAUUCUGGUUGUUUCAGCUUUGCAGUAUCUAAAUCAAUGGUCAAGGUACACACAGGCUGUUGCCAUGGUCAAGAAAACACCAGCCUAUAAAAAUAGGUUAAAGGCACUUGAACUGGAACGCUCUGGAAGUGGGACAAACAGGAAAAAGGGUCAGAAACAAAUUGACAAGAAAGUUGAAGAUGAGCUUAGUGGUGAACUUGAAUUACAUAUUCAGGGAGCUGAGAGACCUUCCAUCUGGAAUCUUAUUGGCGUGCAAUUUAUACUUCUUCCCUACACCCUUGGCAAGCUGUUGAUUUGGCAAACAUGUUGGUUUUGGAGAUAUCAGGUCAAAAAGCUGCCGUACUCAUGGAAUGAUGCUUGUUACUUGACACAAAAGUCUCUCAGAGUACCUUUUGAGGCAUGGAGAAAUAUUGAUGAAUCUAUGAAGGCUAACCUCGUCCAUAAACGUUUAUGGGAGAAAACCAACAUGGAGAUCUACAUGGAAGAGAUGAGAAAAGAAUCAAAACGCCGAAGAUAAAUUCCCAUGAAUAUCGUUCUUGAAAAAUGCAUCUUCCUUUUUCUUUCUACAACUAAAUCUUUUGAUUGCUAAUUCAGCCCAUUUUUCAGAAAGGAAGCAACACGAGGCUGACACCUCAAGAGAGAGGGAAUCUUUUGAUUGCUAAUCUCUUUCUACUUUUUUUUUGAGGGGGACUAUUUGCAUACUGAGUAUUGUUUUUUGUUCCAUACGAACCAAAUUUUUUAGCAAUUUUAAUUUUUGGCUAGCAUACAUUUGGUACUCUAUUUUCUCCCUGCUAUUGUAUUUUUGUUAUACUUACAAAAUAUGAUAUUUAUUUGUCCCAGAGGAAGUAUUGUAAUCUCACUAUAUAUAAAGAGGAAUGUGAAAAUGAAUAAUAUUUUUGAGUUA